GCUGUGUUUGUGCGGGUGUGCGUGCGCACGCUCGGCGGUCGGCUGGUGUUGGUUCCUUACCUCAGCCUUGUAUCACGCGCUCCCUUUCUCCGGCGCCUCCGCCCACCCCCUACCCACUCGCGCUCUUGGUCUCGUCCGUUUCCCUCGCGUCGUUGCUGCUGCUGCUUCUACUACUGUACUGUACUUCUAGUCUGGUGCGGGCAGGACCAUGGCGGAUCAGGACACCAGGGCUUCAUUAAUAAGUGAAACCAGAAGACGCUUUGAGGCAGAAUAUAUACAAGCAAAAACAGAUAAAUAUGAUUCUAGAGAUACAGAGAGACUACAGCAAGAUGAUACCUGGGUUGAUAAUUUUCUAAUAUGGCGACAUGAUGUUGUGGACGACACAUUAAAGAUGAUUGAUGAAAGCUUUCAGUGGAGAAAAGAAUAUGCAGUUCAUGACUUGACAGAAUCUUCACUUCCAAAGCGGUUCUUUGAAACUGGUGCCAUUUACCUACAUGGUUAUGAUAAGGAAGGCUAUAAAAUCUUUUGGUUCAGGGUGAAACUUCAUGUAAAAGAUUCUAAAACUCAGUUUGAAAAGAAGAAGCUAGUAGCCUUUUGGUUGGAACGCUAUGCCAGAAGAGAACACGGAAAGCCUUUGACAGUGGUAUUUGACAUGGCUGAAACUGGAAUUGGUAACAUAGAUAUGGAUUUUGUCCGAUACAUCAUCAGCUGCUUUAAAGUUUAUUACCCUAAUUACCUCACAAAAAUUGUGAUAUUUGAACUGCCCUGGAUAAUGAAUGCUGCUUUUAAAAUUGUGAAAAGUUGGCUGGGUCCGGAAGCAGUGAGUUUGCUGAAGUUGACUAAUAAGAAUGAAAUCCAGGAGUAUAUCAGUGCUGAAUAUCUACCACCCUAUAUGGGUGGAACUGAUACCUUCAAGUAUAGUUAUCCUCCAUUGGUUGAUGAUGAUUUUCAAACUCCAUUGUGUGAAAAUGGACCCAUGACUGGUGAAGAUGAAGUUGAAACCAAAGAAGAAACAGACAUGGAUAACAAGGAGAGUCCAGAUUCUAAUGAAGAACAAGCACUUAAUUCAAAAAAGGCAAAUUUUGCAGAACAAACUUCAAAAUCAGAAGAGAGUGAAAAACAAGAUUCCAAAACAAAAAAUGCAAAGAAAGCACUAACCACUUUUAAAGGACCUUUAUUGCACAUCAGUCCAGCAGAAGAACUGCAUUUUGGGUCCAAAGAAACUGGAGAGAAGAAAUGCUUGAUAGUUCUCACAAAUGUGACCAAAAAUACAGUGGCAUUUAAGGUUAGAACAACUGCUCCUGACAAGUACAGAGUGAAGCCAAGUAACAGCAGCUGUGAACCAGGCACAUCACUAGAUAUAAUAGUAUCUCUUCAUGGAGGUUGUGCAGCUUCCCUGCAAGACCGUUUUUUGAUUAUGGCAGCAGAAAUGGAGCAGUGUUCUGGAACAGGAACACAAGAACUGGGUCAGUUUUGGAAGGAAGUUCCAAGAAACAAAGUGAUGGAACAUAGGUUAAGAUGUCAUGUUGUGGAAAGCAGCAAACCUUCUUCUUUAACAAUAAAUGAAAAUUCCUUCAAUAUUCCUGCAAAAACGAACGAAGAUUUACACGUACAGCUAACACAAUUAUUGCAAGCUAAUAAAAGACUCCGAGAACAGAUUGAUCGUUGCGUCUGGUUCCAGCAAUUGACUCUCUUGUUUAUGUUUCUAUUACUGGCCAGUACUACCUUUUGUUUCUACUUGUAUGCGCCAAGGAGCUAAGUAUCAAUGCUUCGUACGAUAAGCCCUCUCUGCAAUUCACUUGGAAAAGGCAAAAGAACCAGUACUAUGAAACUGCCAAAAAGGAGAUCUAUAUGAGACUCUCCAGGAACUGUGAAUCACAAGAUUGUGAUCUAUGCCUUUAAUCAACAAGUAGAGUGACUUUGUUGAUAUUUAUUAAAGUACAGGAAGUAAAACAGGAUAUUAAAGGAGUCAUUUUCACUGGGAAACCUAAUAACUGUUACAGAACAAAAGAUGUUUAUGACUUAAUGUAUUUUUACUUUUAUUUCUGUCAUGCAGAAGUAUACAAGAUGUAUCAAAACAAUUUGUGCAUAAAAUGUAUUUCCCUUGAAAUGAAAGUGCAAAUUAGUAACAAUAUAGGAAAGCCUCACCUAUGCUAUUUGUACAUAAAAGGAAAUGAUACACAUUGAAAUUGAAGAACUGCAUUCUGGGGGUGGUGGUCUUUAUUCUUGCUCACUCCCCCCACCCUCUGAAAUUAUUACAGAUAUUUAAGAUUAUACUAUUUUGCAUUGAAUACCUUGUAGCCAUAAUUGCCUGGAAAUGCCUGCAAUGGUUCCAAAGAGCCAAAAUAAAAGUUAGUUUUUCCAAGAAUGCCAUAGUACAUUACUAUAUAUCAUGAUACAUGAAAAAGAAUUGUGCAGGAACACAACUCUCCAUUCUUCAGUGUGUCUUAGUCUACAGAACUAAACUAGCUAGUUCAGGAGUGAUAUUAUGCCAUGAAAUUUUACUGUCAGUUUCCCACUAGGUUGGUGUUCUCCUACAAUUCAAGGACAAAUAGAGCACCAUAAAUUAUUUGUAAUUAAGUUUGGAAUAAUUCCUGUAAGUGUAGUUUUUUCAAAUAUGUGUUGUAAAUCACGUGUGAUAUGGAAGAAAAGUAGGAAGACACAGGUAUACAGAGGAAUUGCAAAUAGUGCUUUUUGAAAACCAUUACAAGAAAGCAUUCUAAAAGAUGACGAAAAACAUUCCCAGUUAAACAUUCCUUUUACAUAACUAUAACACUGCUAUAUGAAAUUUAAGAGAGUGCUCAUGUUUUGGUUAACAUUUAAUCUUUUGUAAAUCAGACAAGUUGUAACAAUCCAUGGUACAGUAAGUCAUGUUUGCAGAUGCAGUCCUAAGAUCAGUUCUCAGCGCUUCUUUCUGCUGUAGAAUAACUUGAAGCAAAAAAUCUAAACCAGCCUGUACUCGCAAUUGGGCACUCAUUGGUAA